AUGUGGAGGACCAGGCUGGGAGCGCUGGCGCUGGCGCAGGCGGCACCGCGGAAGCCCUGCAAAGCUGGGCCACACACCCUGCAACAGCUGGCGCCCAGGCCUCGGAAGGCUGCGCUCUGCAGCCUCCCGGCCCAGGCGGGCCCCCUGGCUCUGGGAGCAGGGGCUGGAGCUGUGUCUUCCUGGGCCCUGGGACAGCUCAGUUCUCAGUUCCAGGGCUUCAAAGGCCAGAUUCCAAAGGUCAAAAAGCAGAGUGUUCAUCUGAUGAAUUUGAGGAAUACAGGAACAUUGAAUGACAAAAACUCAAUAGAUGAAGCCACUUAUGAAAAACUUGCAGAGGAAACACUGGACUCCUUAGCAUAUUUUUUUGAAGAUCUUGGAGACAAGCCUUACACCUCCAAGGAUUACGAUGUUUCCUUCAGGGAUGGUGUGCUAACAGUAAAGCUGGGUGAAGACCUGGGAACCUAUGUGAUCAACAAACAGACCCCCAACAAGCAGAUCUGGCUGUCUUCUCCAUCCAGUGGUCCCAAACGCUACGACUGGACAGGGAAGACUUGGGUGUAUUCUCAUGAUGGAAUAUCCCUCCAUGAACUGCUGGAAAUGGAAUUUUCUCAAGCCUUGAAAACUCAAUUAGACAUGUCUUCCCUGUUCUGUUCUGGAAAAGACACUUGACAAAAGUCUAAUUUUUAAAGAUGUCGAAAGCUGUAGACAAAGAGUACCUCUCUCCUUCAUGCCUGAAUUUGUUUUCAUCCUCUUAGUCCCACCCCCCAUCUCGCAUCAUUUUAUGUGAUAGUUAUGUGAAAAGAAUAUAUAUUUUUGACCUCAA